GACAUCGUCUGCUACCUGUCCCUUCUGGAGAGGGGACGUGCUGAGGACAAGCUGGAGUUCAUGUUUCGCCUCUAUGAUACCGAUGGAAACGGCCUCCUGGACAGCUCGGAGCUGGAUCGUAUCAUCAACCAGAUGGUGCACGUGGCCGAGUACCUGGAGUGGGAUUCCACCGAGCUGAAACCCAUCCUGAAAGCCAUGAUGGAGGAGAUAGACUACGACCACGACGGGACUGUGACGCUGGAGGAGUGGAUCCGGGGUGGCAUGACCACCAUCCCCUUACUGGUCCUCCUGGGGAUGGAGACGAACGUGAAGGACGAUGGGCAGCACGCCUGGAGGCUGAAGCAUUUCAAGAAACCUGCCUACUGCAACUUCUGCCGCACCAUGCUGCUGGGGGUCCGCAAGCAGGGCCUCUGCUGCUCCUUUUGCAAGUACACUGUCCAUGAGAGGUGUGUGUCCAAAGAUAUCGCCUCCUGCAUCAGCACCUACAUGAAAUCCAAGAGAAACGCAAGCGUGAUGCAGCACACCUGGAUUGAGGGCAAUUCCCCCGUCAAGUGUGACAGAUGCCACAAGAGCAUCAAGUGCUACCAGGGCAUCACUGGCCUGCACUGCGUCUGGUGCCAAGUCACCCUCCACAACAAAUGUGCCUCCCAUGUGAAGCCAGAGUGCGACGGGGGCCUGCUGCGGGACCACAUCUUGCUGCCUUCCUACAUCUGCCCCGUCGUCCUG